GGCGCUACUUACGCUACUGAUCAGCGCUCUUACAGUAAAUAUUUGUGUUUGCUCAACCGGUUGUAAUGGUGGAUGACUGAGACAGAAAAGAGAGGACUAAAACCACGAAAACGAAGUCCAGACACAACACUACGAGCCGUGAGUAGGAAUAAAGCAUCGUCGCAAAAUGGAGGAACUCAAACACCAAGUAAUGAUAAACCAGUUCGUCUUGACAGCAGGUUGUGCGGCAGAUCAGGCGAAGCAGCUUUUGCAAGCGGCACAUUGGCAAUUUGAGACUGCCCUCAGUGCCUUUUUUCAAGAAACGAAUAUUCCAUACGGUCACCAUCAUCAGAUGAUGUGCACCCCAGCCAACACACCGGCCACCCCGCCCAACUUCCCUGAUGCCCUCACCAUGUUCUCCCGUCUCAAGGCCUCAGAGAGCUUCACCUCCAGCAGCCCCAUGGCCUCCAUGGCCACCUCUCCCCCUCCUCCACACGGUUGCUGGGGCGUGCCCCCACUCCCCAUGCCCAUGAGUGGCCCACAGGGUCAGGGACUCUGGACUCAGGGGCAGCCCCCUUCGCAGCCCCCCUCCAACCCCGCAGUCUGGCCCACGGGGGUCACCGUUAACCCCCACCAGCACCCAGCCACCGAACAGAAGGCGAGUGUGGCCAUGGAGGCCGAGAGAUGAGGGGCCAGGACUAGGCGGCCCUGGGGGGGGGGUAGAGGAGAGGAAAGUGAAGGUGUGUCUCUUUCCAAUUGAGGAUGGUAGGGUGGAGAUAGAGACAGCUACACAAACCAAGAAAAACCAAGCAAGUACUAAACGUGGACAAUUCAAGAAGUGGAAACAAUGCAAAUAAGAACUCAAACUUUUUUUUUUUAAGAAGCGCACACACUUAGGAAUAAGAAAGAGAGCAACUGAAAUCUUUGUUUAGAAAAAAAUAUUCUCAGUAAAUGCAUAGAUAAGAGAAAUGUAUGGAACAAAAAAAUCUUCAAGUCCAAGGAUUAUACUUCUGAUGUUUUCUGAGACAAGGACUUAAAAGGCAGCAACUGUUUCUGCUCUCUCUUUUCUUUUCAUCUGUCCAAGUGUUUUUUUCUCUACUAGGAACAUGUUAUAAAGAGUGUGUGCACUGCAUGGAGAGAGGGGAUCUGGCAGUACAGUGUUUAUACUCUACUAGGAACAUGUUAUAAAGAGUGUGUGCACUGCAUGGAGAGAGGGGAUCUGGCAGUACAGUGUUUAUACUCUACUAGGAACAUGUUAUAAAGAGUGUGUGCACUGCAUGGAGAGAGGGGAUCUGGCAGUACAGUGUUUAUACUCUACUAGGAACAUGUUAUAAAGAGUGUGUGCACUGCAUGGAGAGAGGGGAUCUGGCAGUACAGUGUUUA